AUGUCUACCACUAUCUCCCAGCUCCAGUUAUAUGUCAAGUCUUCCUUCACAAACCCGAAAGAAAUUGAAUUAGGAGACGACGAAGAUAUUUUGCAAAGAGGUUACGGAAGAAGAAAAGUUAAUACACUGGCAGAAGAAAUGGUUACUGAGAAGAAAGUGGUAGUGGAGAACGUAGAUAGUAAUAUAGAAGGAGAAGAGGAUAAGAAAAUAAUUUAA